AGAAGACGUAUGCGGAGGACAAAUGCGACCUCCGGAGUACGCAUCCUUCCAAACGAGACAGGCAAUUUUGCACUGAAUCACCGCUGAAUUACUCCUAACACUAGUCUGCUUAUAACAGCUAAAAUGGAAACAUUACAUAGGGCCUGAAUGCGAUUCGUGGUCUCUGUUGUGCAACUCCAGUGAGUGUGCAAACAUUAACUUGAUAACAAGGAGCAUGUCAAUGAAAAGGCACUGUCUCUUAAAUAACUGUCGUGUCGUCGUUUCUUUUUCGCAAGCGGCUUUAAAUCACUAAUGUCACUUUUGGAGUCUGAAGAAAUUACCCCGCUUCUCAGAGGUGAUAAUGCUCGGUAAGUUAUGAUAACUGUAGAGGACAGCUUAGAUGGAGUCUGCGUCUCUUGCAAAACUUUCAUUUAACCUUCCUCGGUGAUAUGCGUUAUUGACACAAAUAUCUUUAUAUCCUGAACGAUUCUGCAGCGUUAUUAAGUCUGAGUUGAGAUUCUUUAUUUUAUUUUACACUGUGAGGACACAUCGUGGUUUUCGACCAACGGAGCGCAUUGAUUGAAAUCGCCCUUCACGUGUUGCCGAGACAAUACUCUUUAGCAACUCCAGACAAUUAAGUGGACAAAGGAAUGGCGGAAAGUGUGAAGCGUGUACGUGAUUAUGCUAAACCCACUCUCGAGGAGGAGUUAAAUAUGGAUUGUCUUCCACUCUCAGAAACCCAGUCUAACAGCCCUCUUCCAAAAUUGCAGCGGCAUACAUCCAAACCUUCAAAUAUGGUUCUGCUGGAGGCGAUCGAGAGACUUUGGAAAAAGCAAGAUGAUUUCAUGGAGAAGUUGUUGGUAAUCGAAAGGUCUGUGGCAUCUCACUCCGCCUUGAUAUUUGAACUUACUACUAAAGUUUGAAUCAGUUACGGAUAAUACGGAGAGAGCUGUCGCUAAAACGGACAGACUGGAUGUUAAAAUAGGGGCCGUGAUCACAGAGAAUAAACAGCUGUGGGAAAAACUGGACGAAUUGGAUGCAUAUAAAAGACGGUGGAUCUUGAAAAUGUCUGGCAUUCCCGAGGAGGAAGGGGAAAAUGGUUGCAAUGGAAUUUUUUCUCUCGAGUCUCACCGGGAUUGAGAGAUGUUCUUCAGACUUUCAUUGACAUUGCACAAGAAAGCGAGAGGUGCGCAUCCACGGCGGAUUAUUGUGCAAUAUUUGUUCACGCGCUCAUCAUGAUCGCAUCUGGCUCGACGCAAAGAACUCUGAAAUCCUCAAACAGAAAGGCAUUAAGAUAACUGAAGAUUUGACACAGCAGAUGAGGGAUGCACUGGAAUGAGGAUGCAGACAGAAGCCGAUGGAGGUCCAUCAGGGUCAUGUACUUCACCAUGUUCCUUAGCAGCAUUGGAUUUACGAUUGUCAUCACUUCCAUUUGGCCCUAUCUGAAGAAAAUAGAUAACAGUGCAGAUUCCAGUUUCCUUGGAUGGGUGGUUGCUGCAUAUAGUUUGGGUCAGAUGGUGGCCUCACCCCUCUUUGGAUUAUGGUCCAAUCACAGGCCUCAGCGGGAGCCUCUAGUCUGCUCUAUAUUCAUUAACAUAUCAGCUAACAUUUACUACACUUAUGUCUACCUAUCUCCCUCGCACAAAAAAAUUCACAUGCUUUUGGCUCGCACAUUUGUGGGCAUUGGAGCAGGUAAUGUAGCAGUUGUGAGGUCCUAUGUGGCAGGUGCCACUUCUUUAAAGGAGAGAACCAGUGCAAUGGCUAACAUGAGCGCCUGCCAAGCUCUCGGCAUUAUACUUGGCCCAGCUCUACAGGCUGCCUUGUCAUUCAUCGGAGAGACUGGCAUCAGGGUAAAUGCUAUCCUGCUUCAGGUUAAUAUGUACACUGCUCCAGCACUGCUGGCUGCCUGCUUUGGGGUCAUUAACAUUCUGCUGGUUUUCUUAGUCCUGAGGGAACACUCUGUGGAUGACCAUGGGAGGGAAAUCCGAGCAAUUAACUACACCCCAGAAGAGCAAGUAGCUGUGGCUCCAGAGGUAGAAGGUGACAUUGACCAGAUUGCAGUGCUCACAUCUAACAUCCUUUUCUUCAUUAUUCUCUUCAUUUUUGCGGUGUUUGAAACAAUAUGUACCCCUCUAUCAAUGGACAUGUUUGCAUGGACAAGAAAAGAUGCAGUUUUGUAUAAUGGCAUAGUAUUGACUGCCAUUGGCUUUAAUUCCAUCAUUGUCUUCCUGGUGGUCAAGGUGGUUUCAGCACGGGUAGGGGAUCGACCACUGCUCCUUGGUGGCUUGACUGUUAUAUUUGCUGGUUUCUUUAUCUUGUUGCCUUGGGGAAAUCAAUAUCCUAAAAUUCAGUGGGCAGAUCUUAAAAAUAACACUAUGCCAGUAGUAGGACUGGCACCCACCCCAGCCUCCAAUUCCUCACUGGAGCCCACUGGAUGUCCCUCUGAACUGACCUGGUGCCUGUUUACCCCUGUAAUUUAUCUUGCACAGUACAUAACUGCUGACAUCCUGAUCGGAGUGGGUUAUCCUACAUGCAAUGUCAUGUCUUACACUUUAUACUCAAAGAUACUUGGCCCCAAACCUCAGGGAGUUUACAUUGGCUGGCUGACAGCAUCAGGAAGUGGUGCACGGACUCUUGGGCCUGUGUUUGUCUCUCAUGUCUACACCAUUCUGGGACCCCGAUGGAACUUCAGUAUCGUCUGUGGCAUAGUACUAGCUGCCAUUAUUCUCCUCAGUGCUAUGUAUAAAAGACUAAUUGCCUUCUCUGUACGCCAUGGAAGGAUGGAGGAAUAGCAGAACGGCUGAGAGGUGCCCCUACUAACUACUAAAGCACCUUUCAGAGAAGUGGGCCUUUUGCCAGGUGGUUAAGUGACUUAACCUUGUGUGGAGAAAAGAUGAACCACCACUGAUGCACUUAUGAAUACUCCUUUCAUAGAGUUUUAUAAAAUGUGGAGCUUUUACAGCAUGAUUCUCAAGAAGCUUACAGAGCAUUUCCAUGUUAGUAUCUUUACUAUAUAUCCUCAAUAUAUUGAGCUACAAUUUCCAGUUACCUUCACUGUGAAUUCAACAUCUACUGGAGUAGCAUGGUAUAGAUCUUCUGUUGCCAGCUUUAAGAAGGUUUUCAGGUUUGUAAUUCCUCCACACAGGAGACAUAAAAGAGUGGCAGGAUCAUAACAGGCCUGUGCAACCAGCAGUAUUAUAAAGGUUUGGCAGCAGUUAUGAAGCACAUCUUUAUUGCAAGGCCCAUGCAGUUGUUUAAUUGAAUUAAUGGAGUUAUAUAGCAUUGUAAAAUGUUAACAAAUGUUUACUAAUUACUGAUAGAAAUGCUGAUUUAUUUAAAUGACUAUGCACUAAUAGGAGUGGCUUGAAACAAUUUAUCUGUAGAAUUUUUUAAUAACAUUAGGCAUUAUAAACAAUUCUCUACAUCUGGGAGCAAAAAAGUACAAGUAAUCCCACAUUUAAAAAAAAAAAAGACAUUAUCCCUGACAAUAAGCAACUACAGGAAUAAAAAUUCAAGCCAACAGAAAAAAUGAGAAAUGGUCUAUUUUUGUGGAUGUUAAAUAAGCACAAUAUGAUGAUUCAUUUCUUUGAAGUGUGACAAGGUUUAUGGGCAUCUAUUUCUAUAAAAAAAAGAUAUUAAAAGUUUAUUCCAUUAAA